AUGACGGCAACCGUAGGGCAACGAAUGCUCAUAUGGUCUUUCAAAGCGGUGAACCUCUUCGUACCAUGGCACAAGCUUCCAAAAUGGAUAGGUGUCCUCAACCUACUGGCUCUUCGCUAUGAGCUUCGCGACAAGAACCUGCACGAUACCUAUCCUGAGUGGGACGAGCAGGGUACUGCUUCGUCACCUGAAAUGCCCGAGACCAAGUUUCUAUCGGUGCGAAACUCCGAUGGCCAGUUCAACGAUCUCGAGCGACCGAAAAUGGGUGGUCGGUGCAUGCGUUUCGGUCGUAAUGUGCCACGGGAAUUCACAACCGCCCCAACGCAGGAGGAACUCCUCACGCCUAACCCUCGCAUAAUAAGCGAGAAGCUACUUGCACGUGAGGAAGGCGUCUUCAAGCCGGCUACCAUAGUCAAUCUCCUCGCCGCGGCAUGGAUUCAAUUCCAGGUUCAUGAUUGGGCACAACACUUUCGAAGCUCCAAGAACUGGGACGUGCCUCUUCCAGAAGGUGACAAGUGGUCAGGUGACGGCAUGAAAAUCUCCAAGACACAGGCGGACGAACCCCUGAGCGACCAGGACCGUAAAUAUCCCGCGUAUAAAAAUGAGAACACUCAUUGGUGGGAUGGGUCUCAGAUCUAUGGCUCUUCAGAAGAGAAGACGCGGGAACUGCGAUCCAAGUGUCAUGAUGGCAAGAUCACAGUUGAUGUACGAGAUGGCGGUGCUACGUUUUUGCCUCGUGGAAAGGACAAGGUCCCCCUUACCGGAUUUAAUGAGAACUGGUGGAUCGGUCUGGAGCUGCUUCAUACACUCUUCGCCUUGGAGCACAACUCUAUCUGCAGUCAGCUGCAACUGACGCAUCCGACCUGGACCAGCGAUCAGCUGUUCGACACAGCUCGUCUCAUCAACUGUGCCCUGAUGGCAAAAAUACAUACCGUAGAAUGGACUCCUGCGAUUCUUCAGCAUCCAGUGCUUAAGAUCUCCAUGAACACCAACUGGUGGGGACUUGUUGGCGAGAAGCUAUGGAAAAUCCUAGGGCGGAUUGCGGAUGGUGAAGUAAUUAGUGGUAUCCCAGGCUCAGGGCCAGAGCAAGAUGGUGCCCCUUAUUCCCUCACCGAGGAAUUUGUCUCCGUUUACAGGCUGCAUCCACUCAUACCAGACGAUAUUGCCUUCUUUAAGGUGCAGAGUGGCGCGCACGCUAUUACAAAACCAAUCAAGAGCGUGGCCUUCGACGAAGCCCGUUCGCCUUUCGAGAAGGACGACAUCAGCUUCGCAGACGCCUUCUACUCGUUCGGCAUCAACUUCCCGGGUGCGAUCACGCAUCACAACACCCCGGGGUUUCUACGGGAUCUCCACCUACCUGACGGCAGACACUUGGAUAUGGGCACUGUGGACAUCCUGCGUGAUCGCGAGCGUGGCGUGCCACGCUACAACCAGUUCAGACGACUUUUCCACAUGCCCCCGGCGAAGAACUUCCUCGAUCUCACCGGUGGCGAUAAGAAGCUGGCAGAACAAGUCAGCGCGGUAUAUGACGGUAAAAUUGAACUAGUGGACCUUCUUGUCGGCUGCCUUUGCGAACCGCUACCGAAAGGGUUUGGCUUCAGCGAUACAGCUUUCCGCGUCUUCAUCCUCAUGGCUAGUCGACGCCUCAAGAGCGACAGAUUUAUUGCGGGGCAGUGGAACACCGAGACCUACACGCAGGAGGGAUUGGCCUGGGUCCAGAACAACACCAUGGUGGAUGUAUUAUGUCGCCACUUUCCCGAGUUGCGCCCUGCCUUGAACGGUGUCAACAAUGCAUUUGCCCCAUGGAAGAAGCUUGGGACGAGCAAACUCUACGGUGGGAAAGAGACUAACGCUGAGCCAUUCGAUACCUCUGAAGUCAUCAACAGCUCUGCAUAA